UAAAACGUAGUGCCUGCCUUGCCCUGCACGCAGUCUGCACACACAUCUCUCUAAGAGCUCUCCCUUCAGUCGACAGUGAAGUCCACCGUAACCAUGUCAGCGAACGAGCAGCAGAACUCUUUGCUGCGAGACUCUCAACAGGAUAUAGCCAGCAACUCGGAUGUGGAGGUGAGAGGGGCUACCCCUGCUGCAGUGCCAGUCCACAGGAGCCUGAGCUGGGGCCGAGGGCUGCUCUACGCUGGCGUAUCCAUCCUGGUGGCCAUGCUCAUCGCCGGCCAGGUGGUCGGCAUCAUGUUCCUGAUGAAGCAACAGGACAAGAUAGACGGGCUGCAGAAGACCACGAGACGUCUUGAGAGCAAGUACUCGGCGAGCCGCGGACCAUUCAGACCGAAGCCAAUCAUGCACCUGAGACCGAUGAUGAUGGAUCUGCCCAUUUCCUACAUCAACCCCAAUGCCGACGCACCAAAGCUUCCCACACCUAAAUCUACAACUUCGCCAAUGACCGUGAUGGAACAAGUUCAUCAGCUGCUGAAGGAUGGAAACCGAACAGAAGGGAUUCCGGAAAUGAUUGGAAGCUUCUCCGACAACCUCCAGCUGCUGAAACAGAAUCUGAACGAAUCCGACUGGAAGGAUUUUGAAUCUUGGCUGCAGAACUGGUUCCUCUUCCAACUUGUUCAGCCUGAGAAGAAGACUGCACCAACCCAGGCACCCCAAGUACUGCCUCGCCAUGAGAUGCCAUCCAGAGGGAGGAACGUCUUCUCCAGCAUGGCCAUGAGCCCACUGCUCAACCUUCCUAUCGCAGAAAGUGCCUCCAAGCAAUCCGGUCUUGCUGAAGUCGUUCCUCAUAAAAGGGUUUUCCAUGCAGAGACUGAGUGUGAGAGACUGAAAAGGGUGGCGGAAAUUAAGCCCGGAACAUUCCAGCCAAGCUGUGACAAGGAUGGGAACUAUGAGCCAAAGCAAUGCUGGCCAAGCACUGGCUACUGCUGGUGUUCCUAUCCCAAUGGGACCAAGAUUGAAGAGACCGCAACCAGGAAACAACUGGAUAAUUGUCAAAGCUACCAAAAGCCAGAUGACCCAAACUUUUCCGGCUUUGGUGCUUUUGAGGACUAAGGAUGAAAUGUCGAUGGACACAGAUCCUCAAGACCAGCUUUGCUCCCCAGACAUACAUUAAUUGCAAAGAUUGAUUAACAUUUACUUUGAUUGAUAAUUAUUGGGCUGUUGACUUGCACCCAGUACAUGUAUCUUCUAUCCUGCUUAUGAUUUGUCCGUGAGGAUUAUUUAGCUAAAAAGUAGACAAUCAAAUUGCUCAUAAGUUCAUAAAAUCAUAAGUUGUAGCAGCAGAAUUAGGCCAUUCGGCCCAUCAAGGCUACUCCGCCAUUCAAUCAUGGCUGAUCUAUCUUUCCCUCUCAACCCCAUUCUCCUGCCUUCUCCCCAUAACCUUUGACACACUUACUAAUCAAGAAUCUGUCAAUCUCCUCCUUAAAAAUCCCCAAUGACUUGGUCUCCACAGCCAUCUGAGGCAAUGAAUUCCACAGAUUCACCACCCUCUAACUAGAUGAAUUCCUCCUCAUCUCCUUGCUAAAGUUACCUCCUUUAAUUCUGAGUCUGUGCCCUCUGGUUCUAGAGUCUGUACAUUCACCCCAUCUAUUCCUCCCAUGAUUUUAUCAACCCUCUCACCUGAACACUUGGGCAUUUGCUUCAUAAUCCAGAUGGCUCUGCCUAACACUGGGAACACCACCAUCAGAGAUUGAAGGAUUGCAGGGGUAUAUAAAGCCCCCCCUCACCAUUACUUUGGGAUUCAGUAGAGUUGGGGCUACAGUUUAUGAUUAUCAGCAAUGCCCCUUUGCAAUUAAAAGAUGCAUUCAAGAUAUAAAAAUUCACCACUUUGUUUUAAGAAUUGCCAAGAAUUAAUUUGCUGAAGAAUAAUAUUGCUUCUAGAUUAUGUUAAUAUUUGCUCAUUGAUAAUGGCUAACUAUUGCUGGGGAAUAUUAUGUUGCAAUAAAAGGUGUGGAAUUU